AUGGCCUUUUUGUCGAACCUGGCGCCCAGGCUGCCACGUGAAAUUCCCGGGUUCUACUACGACGAGGAGAAGAAGCGAUACUUCAAGAUUGAGUCACACCCCACAGCGCCAUCCAAUGCAGCCUGGGCCGCUGGGAACGUCAAGAAGCGAAAGGCUGAGAAGGCCCAAGCCCAGCAGAAGCGCAAGCGGCAGGAGAAGCUGAAGGGCUGCAUCAAGCGAUCCAGCCUCCUCGCCCAUCCCCUGGCCGGAGGGAGGCUGGCCCGCGAGUUUGGUGUCGUAGAUCCCGAGCUGCCCGUCGAGAGCUGGACCGCCGGCCUGCGCCAGAGGGGCGAGGUGUCAUUCUGGCCUGGUCAGGAGCAGAGCCCGGAUGCACCCAACAUAUCGUGUCUCCUCGUCGAGGGAGGCGACGAGGAGGCUGGAUUGGGCAUGGUCUACGCAGCUGUUGAUGGUCGGCAGCUCCAAGCCUCCUACCUACCUACCGACAAGGACGAUAAGAUCAACUUUGGCAUCACGCAACGGAUGCGCGCUUCACGGCUGUCUGCGCUACGGGUGGAGGCAAUCCAAGACGACAUCUCCUCAAUCUCAUACCACCAAGCCUCUCAUACCAUGAUAGUCACCUCGACCGCCGCGAGCGGUCCCGACAUGAGCUCGCGAGGCAAGAUCAACCUCUUCCAGCCCGCCCGCCCGGCCGACCUCGGCGAAGGCAACUGGGAAGGGCACUUUCUCGAGCAGUACGGCGGCCGGAGACCGACCUGGCUGCUCGGCGACACGGGCGCCUACGUAUCCUACACCUCCCCCGUGCGCGGCCUCACAAUGCACACAGCCCGCACCUGUCCGCCGUCGACCUCAGGCUCCAGCGGCCUCGACGCCCUCAUCGCCACCAGCCACGGCAUCAUGGGCGUCGACGGCUCGAGGGCCGCGGGCGAGGUCUACUGGGUGACGCCGAAGCCGCCUGCCGGCGGGAACAUGGCGCAACCGCGUCAUCAACAACAACACCACCACCACGGCACCAGGCCCCCGCCCCGCGACGUCUUCAGCGUCGACUACCACCACUCCAACCCGCGCGUCUGCUUCGCCGGCUGCCGCGACGCCAGGGUCCACCGCAUCGACACGCGCGCCCCCUUCUCGACCUCGGCGGGCAGCGGCUGGGACUGGUUCCGGCACCGCAGCAGCGCGGCGCACGUGCGCUGCAUCGACGACCACCGCGUCCUCGUCGCGGGGCCGAGGUCCGCCAUGGCCAUCUACGACAGCCGAUGGGUGGCGGGGCCGAGGAUGAGGCCCGGCGGCAGCGGCGGCAACAACAACGCGGCGGCGGCGGCGCAUCCGGUCGUCCAGUUCGCCGGGUACAGGAACGAGGCGCAUGUCCGGAUCGGGCUGGAUAUAACACACGAUGUAGGCGGCACGGCAGGGCUGGGCAGCGGCGGCGUCGUGGCGGCGGGGCUGGGCGACGGCACCGUGGGCGUCUUCUCGCUGCGCACGGGGCGGCGGCUGCGGGCCGGGGACGUUGACGGCUCGCUGGGUGCCGUGGGCGCGGGCGGGGUCGUCCAGGCGCUGCAAUUCCGGAGGCUGCCGUGGGAGAGGGAGGCGAGCCUGUUUGCUGGCGUGGGGCCGGUGGUGAGGAAAUUUACAUUUGGUGUUGAGGAUGGGGAAGAUGAGUGGUGA